UAGAAUAAUAAAAAUAAAAUCUGGUACUAAUCGCAUGUGACACACAAUUUUAAAAUAUAUAAUCCAGGCUUUUGUAGUAUACUUUUUGAAAGUCCUCUAUAGUGUCUCUAAUGAUUUGUCCCCGCGUGUUUUACAUAGGGGGAAUUUCCGCAAUCUAAGUAGAGGAAGUGUCUAAAAACAAACGUUGCUACAUAACUAAGUGGGUAACAACAGAAAUAGGAACUUUGCAAAGCAGCUGCAAGAAGCAGCAGCACACUUACAAGAAAACCACAGCGGUAUAUUUUGUGCAUUUUUUUCAAGCAGUGCAGGUGCACACCCGAAGAGAAGCUUUGUGCAGGAGCUUCAGAGGAAAGAUGAGCGACUCACUAGAGAGGAUGACAGAGUGUCCCUUGUCUCUCGCCGAGGAGGACGCGGGCCCAGAUAAGGAGUGCGGCACAGAGUACCGCUGGGAAGAUGGAGGUCUGCCCGCGGCACUGCAGAGAGGCAUGGAGGACUUGCGAGUGAACCUCGAGCUGACUGAUGUGGUCGUGUGUGUACAAGGACGUGACUUCCCUUGCCACAGAGCCAUUCUUGCUGCGGCCAGUCAGUACUUCAGGGCCAUGUUCUGCAGUGGUUUGAGAGAGAGUCAAGAGGAAAGGGUGGAGAUGAAAGGACUGGACAGCGAGACAAUGCGGACUCUUCUGCAAUAUACUUACACCAGUCGGGCCCUCCUCACUCACUCAAAUGUGCAGAGUGUACUGGAAGCAGCCAGUCAGUUUCAGUUUUUGCGUGUGGUGGAUGCAUGUGUUGGCUACCUGAGCAGAUCCCUGCAAGCGGAUACUUGCAUUGGCAUCCUCAACCUGGCGGAUCGCUACGACCUUCGCACUCUGAAGACCAAGGCUCAGGACUACGUCGCCUCUCAGUUCUCCCAGGUGGUCGAGCAGCAGGAAUUUGUGGAAGUGGCGGCCGAGUCACUUGGGAACAUCCUGCAGAGGGACGAUCUGGACGUGAAGUACGAGGAGUGUGUUUUCGAGGGCCUCAUGCGCUGGGUGAGAGCCGAGCGGGACGAGCGACGCCACUUACUAGCCGGGUUGCUUUCGUUCGUGCGGCUGCCCUUGUUGGAGCCGGCGUACUUUGUGGACAAAGUGGAGGGUGAUGAACUCAUCCGCAGCUGCAGCGAAAGCUUUCCUCUUCUGCAGGAGGCCCGCAUGUUUCACCUCUCCGGAAGGGAGGUGGUUUCUGAACGAACCAAACCGCGCAUGCGCCACUUCCUGUCAGAGGUGUUCCUCAUCAUUGGAGGCUGCACUAAAGAUGACCGCUUCAUUUCUACCGUCACAUGUUUGGACCCACUCAGACGCAGCAGGCUCGAUGUUGCUAGGCUACCGGGAACAGGCAUGGAGGAGGAGGCUCAGAACAGGAAAUGGGUGGAGUUUGCUUACACCACCUUUCGCAAUGAACUCUAUAUAUCUGGAGGUAAAGAGACCCAGACGGAUGUUUGGAAAUACAACGGUGCUCUGGACAAGUGGAUUCCAAUCGAGCCUCUGACGACAGGCCGAUGGCGGCACAAAAUGGCCGUCCAAGGCGGGAGGGUGUACGCACUAGGCGGGUUCGAUGGCGUGCGUAGGCUCGAUUCCGUCGAGGCCUACGACCCUUUCCACAACCGUUGGACGCAGGUGGCGCCACUCGCAGUGGGUGUGAGCUCCUUUGCUGCUGCGAGCUUCGACAGGUGGAUCUACGUGAUCGGUGGCGGGCCCAACGGAAAGCUGGCGACAGAUUUGGUUCAACGUUGGGAACCCGGAACGGACAUUUGGGAGCGGCGGGCGCCGAUUCCCAUCGAAACCAAGUGCACCAAUGCUGUCAGCUUCAAGAAUUGCAUCUAUGUAGUUGGUGGCGCCAUGCACAGCAUAUAUUGCUACACCCCUCAGUCAGACUCCUGGUCUGUUGUGACAGGUCUGGGCGAUAGGGCUAGCUGCGCCAUCGCUGCCUGCAACAACAAACUCUUCAUCACAGGAGGCCGCGAUAACAAGAACCAUGUCAUCUCCACAGUCAUGUGCUGGGAUGUGGAUGAAGGAGUCUUGACAGAAGAAUGUGCUUUGCCCGUGGGCGUGUCGCACCACGGCAGUGUCACACUGCUGAAGUCCUACACACACGUGCACAGAGUGGCACCUGUGUCUGACCACCAAAGAAUUUGAAACGAAUGACAUUGGGUGUCCCUUUAGCCCAGCGAGAGACAAAAUCUUGGAGCUCCUGAACUCCUCUGAUUCAGCUAUUGUUGGAAAACUCCUUGCACGGACAUCAUCAUCUCGAUACCUGGUCUAUGGACUUCAAUUGAAGUCAAAACGUUUCUUUUCACUGACAUGUUUUGGUCGAAACACAGUUGUCUUCUGAUUAAUAUUCAUUUGUGGAUUAUGAAUUAUUAAGCCGAAAAGAAACUUUUGCUAAUUUUA